AUCUUUUUUGUGCACAGGGGAGCUGCUUGUGUAGUUGUGUAUAUGUACUCUAGACAGAAAACAGAGAGUUCACAAAAAACGCUUAUACUGAGUGUUUUCUAUCUACAUUAUUAUACGAUCGACUAGAAAAGCUUUGCAAUCUCGGCCACAUGCAACCAACCAGAGGAGGCUACGCACGCGCUUUUCUAUUCAUCAUCAAAACAAGCUUACUCAUGGGCGUAGCUUAACAGGUAGUAGGUAGUGAAGGAGUGUCACAACGGUUAGGUCUCGGGUUCGAAUGCCGGCAACUGCGAUGAGAGGUUACUAUGCUGAAAAAUGCAUAAGGCUUCUAAAAGUCUUCGUAUCAACAUCGUCUCCAUCUUGACUCCCCCACGCAUAGCUUCUGCAUCAUUAUUAAUUAUUAUUUCGAAUUGAGAACAGAGUGAGAGGCAGCUUGAAGCUAGGGAUUAUGGGUUGUUGCAACAGCAAGAACGCGGAUACGAAGGCCAGCCGCAUGGCUCGGUGGCGCGCCACCGGAAUCGUAGCUUUAUGCGACUCCAAAUUGAAGUCAUUUCCAGAUGAAGUUCUUGACCUAGAGAGAUCUGUGCGUACUCUUGAUUUGACAUGCAACAAAAUAGUUGAUAUUCCUGUGGAGAUUAACAAGUUAAUGAACUUGCAGAGGCUGAUUUUGGCUGAUAACCAUAUAGAGAGCCUUCCAGUGAAUCUGGGGUUGCUUCAGUCCAUAAAGGUUCUGAAACUUGAUAAGAAUCGAAUGAAAACCUUGCCUGAGGAAUUGGGCCAGCUAGUGAAGCUGGAAUGCUUAUCUGUCUCAGAGAAUUGCUUAGUAAACUUGCCUGAUGCGAUUGGGGGCUUACACAAUUUAGUCCUAUUAAAUGUGUCAAGUAACAAGCUGAAAAAUUUGCCAGAAUCCAUCGGAAAGUGUUCCUCUCUUGAAGAAUUGCAGGCAAACGAUAACUCCAUUGAAGAACUCCCUGCUUCUGCUUGCAGCCUUGUACAUUUGAAGUCACUUUGCAUGAACAAUAACAAUCUUGGACAGAUGCCUCCAAAUUUUUUACGGGAGUGCAAAAAUUUACAGAACAUAUCCCUUCAUGGAAACCCUAUUUCUAUGGAUCAAUUUCAACAGAUUGAAGGUUUUCAAGAAUUUGAAGCUCGGAGGAAAAAGAAAGUUGAUAAACAGAUUGAGAGUAAUGUGAUUAUCAGUCAUAAUGGUCUCGAUGUGGGGGUUGACCAAUGACAUCUCUGCAAGAGGAUAGGAUCUGAGGAUUUUUUUGUCGAUGAAAAAAGAAGUUUCCUGCUUCUGUGUCUCAGUGUCUGCAUGUUAUCCUGCAUAUGAAUUUAUAGACUAGGGAUGAAUAUAUGAUCCAAAAUUACUUGCUGCCAGCUGAACUAGAGCACCAUGAACCUCCAUGAUGAACUCUGACAGAGCAGCGCUGCCUUAGUAUUCCGCCCUUCCCAUGACAUAUAUUGUGCAGUUAGUUACUCAUUUUCACAUGAAUUGUAAAUCAAAUCCAUCCUGUAUGACAUAUACGGUAAGACUCCACUUUUUUCGCUCAGACUGAAUGAGUUGAUGUUUUUUCCUUUCUAAUUUUUAGGGAGGCGUAUGAAAAACUGUCCUUUUGCCUUAUUUGGCAGUUCCAUAUUUUUACUCUGUUAGUUUAAUCGAUUGCGGUC